GCUCAAUACACCACAAAAUAAAGCCACGCCUCAAGCAUGAUUAUCUAUUCAAAUGAUCCAACAAAGAAGUAAAGAAACCAUCAACAACUUUCAAAAACUCUAUUAGAAUAUCAUGGCAAAACACCAUGUUCUAGUUAUACCUUAUCCCGCAUAAGGCCAUGUAAUUCCUACAAUGGAGCUUGCUCAACGCUUAGUCAAAGAUGGUCUCAAAGUCACUUUCGUAAACACAGAGGCUAUUCACAAAGUCGUAACAAGCAACUUGGUACAAAAUGAUGGUUCUAUGGAUCUAAUGAAUAUGGUUUCAAUCCCUGAUGGAUUAGAACCAUGGGAGAACAGGAAUGACCAAAGUAAGUUAGCCAAAUCGAUAGUAGAGUCUAUGCCUAGCAAGUUGGAAGAACUUGUAGAGAUGAUUAACAAAAAAGAUAGCAACAAAGUGACAUGUAUUAUUGCUGAUGAUUCCAUGGGAUGGGCCUUACGAGUUGCAAAGAAAAUGGGAAUGAAAAGAGCAGCCUUCUGGCCUGCCGCAGCUACUACACUAGCCACCAUGAUGUGCUCCCAGAAGUUGAUUGAUGAUAAAGUCAUAAACAAAGAUGGUACACCUCUAAAUGAUGAUAUGAUUCACCUCUCAGACUCCAUGCCACCUAUAAAACCCUCUAAUCUCCCCUGGAUGUCAGCUGGUGACGUGACCACAAUUGAACUUUCUUUUCAAUUUGCAAUAGGAGUUGCAGAAGGUGCCAUGUUAGCAGAAAGGGUAAUAUGCAACUCAAGUGUCGAGUUAGAGCCUGCAACCUUCAACCAGUUCCCACAGUUGUUGCCGAUAGGCCCUUUGUUAGCAAGCAACCGACUUGCUAACCAAACAGGCCAUUUCUGGCAAGAAGACUCCACCUGCUUAAAAUGGCUUGAUCAACAACCAGCAUGUUCAGUCAUUUAUAUAGCAUUUGGGAGUAUCACUAUUUUGAACCAAAAGCAGUUUAAAGAACUUGCACUUGGUCUUGAACAUAGUUGCAAAUCCUUCUUAUGGGUUGUGAGAACAGGCAUGGUAAAAGAGACUACAACAACUUUCCCAUAUGGAUAUGUUGAAAGAGUUGAAUCUCGUGGAAAAAUUGUUAGUUGGGCACCUCAACAGAAGGUCUUAGCGCAUCCUUCAGUAGCUUGCUUCAUGACUCACUGUGGUUGGAACUCUAGUUUAGAAGGGGUGAUCAAUGGUCUCCCUUUCUUGUGUUGGCCAUACUUUACCGAUCAAAUUCUCAAUGAAACUAUCAUUUGUGAAAUAUGGAAGACUGGGUUGGGGUUCAGAAAAGAUGAGCAGGGAGUUAUCAGUAAAGAGGAAAUAAAAAUUAAGGUAGAACAGCUCUUCAGGGACGAAUCAUUCAAAGAUAAGGCGUUAGAAAUUAAACACAAGGUUACAAGCAGUGUCAAUCCAGGAGGACUCUCGCAUCAAAACCUUUGCAAUUUCAUUGAGUGGAUACAAGAGAACCAUGCAUAUGCAAAUGACCAAAGCGGGUCUGUGUAAACAAAAAAAUAUCGAGUAUGGCAUUUGGCGUAUUUAGCUUUUGCCUGUAUUUGGAAUUGAUGUUCGUGUAUUCAUGUCUUGCAUUCUUAAAUAAAAAUACAAAAAAAAAUAAUUUUAUAU